ACAUGACAUGUUAGAUUUACACAUUACACGGUUUGUGCCCGUGGCAUUUUCGUCCUUCCUUCCUUCCCUCUAUGUUCUUUCUUCCUUCUUUCUUCUCUCACUUCAUCUUUUGAAUCAAUGUCAUCCAUCCCCAACAACCGCACAUGCAUCACCAUCAGAUGUUGUUCUGAGUGAAUGCUGCUACCCUUUAAGGCCCUUGACUUCAUAGCUAGAGAAGUUCUUGCACUUUGCUUGAUUUUUGUCUCUUUCCUUGAGGAGUUUAUCGGAUUCUUCCUUUGCCAAAUCUUGAUUACUUAGGUUCUUCAAUUGGGAUGAAACAUGAAGACUUGGGUUUGAUUUUACAAUAAAAAGAUAUUGGUGUUCAGCUAAGUCAAGUUAAUGUUUGAGAUACAGAAAAAGGGAGAAGCAAAAUUGGUGUAACUUUUCUAAUUUGUUGGCCUGGUAUUGUAGAGAAGUGUGGUUGCAACCUGGUUGGGGGAUAUUUUUACUGAUUUUACGAUGGAUUCAAUUCAAAAUAAAGUUUAUUACUGUUGUGUUUCCAAGGGUAACAACAUUCUGUAUGUGUAUAGUGGUGGAGACCAAGAAGUUGAGAAUGUUGCUGCCUUGUGCUUGGAGAGGUCUCCUCCUUUCCACAGGUGGUAUUUUGAGACAGUAGGUAAAAGGACUUAUGGGUUUUUUAUGGAAGAUGGGUAUGUUUACUUCACAAUUGUUGAUCAAGGUCUUGGUAACCUGGUAGUUCUUCGGUUUCUGGAGCAUGUUAGAGAUGAAUUUAGAAAGCUUGCUAAAAAGGGUUCGAGAGGAUUUUUGCCAAACAUGAAUUCGAUUCACAUUCAGGAAAAACUGGUUCCUGUCAUUCGCGGUCUGAUCACUUCAUUGGAGAGUGUAUCGCAUGGUAGUAGUAAUUGGAGAGAUGUAACCUCCUCGUCUUUUCAUGUGGACCUAUCUCCAUCACCAAGUAAUUUGAAUGGAAAAAUUGAAGGUGCUAGUUCAACAAAAGCCCCAUUAUUGGGAAAAUCUAACAAGGCGGAGAAGAAGAAAGUAAAGGAUCAUGUGAUUGCUAUGAGAGAUGUUGAGUUGGAGGAGCAUCGAAAGUCUACAGAAAGAGGAGCAAGGAUUGAUUCAGGCAAUUUGGAUAGUGUUAGCCAAGGUGGUGCUGGUGCAUCAGUCUCUUUGCAAAAGGAUUCGGGUUCAAUGAGGAUGAGAUCAGGCCCUCAAAACAUUCGGAAGAAAUGGUGGCGCCAAGUACGCAUUGUUCUAGCAAUUGAUGCAGCUGUGUGUAUAAUACUAUUUGUCAUCUGGUUAGUAAUAUGUCAUGGUAUAUCAUGCAUUCGGUAGAUUUCAAUCUUCUUGCAUGACUCUCAAUUUGAAUCACUAUCAUAUUGGAACUCGAGAUUUUCCAUGCAUGAUCUGAUCAACAACAGAAAUUGGUUUCUUCAAUGGACCAUGUAGAUGGAAGUUUACAUACUGGUCAUGUCUAUUAGAUCUUUAGUGCUAUUUGCAGGCACGUGCUUCUUGUCACCGAUAUAUAAGCAUUUUACUUUUACAAGUCUACUGUACAGUUUCGUUACUUCUAGACAUCUGUACUUGUAUAUGAAUUUUGGGAAGAUUUUAAAGGUUCUUGGUUGGCAUGUUUCUAUA